AUGGGGAAGCCGCCGUCGUUCGAGGCGCUGGGCGUGCAUCCCACGCUAGUGGCCGCGUUGCGGCGAAUGGGGGUGCAGCCGACACCGUUCCAGGCGCGCGUGUUGGCCACCACGGCGGGUGACUUCGCAGACGUCAUGGUGGACGGGCGGGCGGCAGGCGGGGCGAGCGCUGGCGGCAGCAGCGGCGGGGUUGCCGGCGCGGAGGGCAACGCGAGCUCGCGCGCAGUCACGGCGGAGCGGCACGCGCUCAUCACGAUCUUCGCCACGCACUGUGUGCUGAGUGCGAAGGACCCCUCGCGCAGCACGGCGGUCGUGGUUGCGAGCAACAAGGACUGCGCUGCCCAGCUGCAGAAGAGCAUGAAGGCCUUCGCCUCGCAGUGCCACAUCGACUUUCAGAUGGUGACGGCCGAGGGGCAGCAGCCGCCGCCGCCGCCGCCGCCGGUGGGGGGCGACAGCGGCGAAAAGGGGCCGUCCGCGGCGGCAGCCUUCGCGUCGAAGGGCGGGCGCGUGUUGAUCACCACCCUGCGGGUGCUCCACGCCUGGGGCAGGGAGUUCCUCCGGUCCGUUACGACCCUCGCCGUGGAGGACGUGAGCCGCGCCAACGAACGGCAGCUGGAGGAGGUGCUGCGGCUGCUGACGGCCGCUUCGCCGUCGCCCAGCGCGGCGGGGUCGGGCCACUGCGCGAACAACCUCACGGCGUCGCGGCACACGGCAAACGUCUUCCUCAUGUGCCUCGCGCCGCUGACGAAGGUGGGAGUGGGGGUUCGCUACCACCUGAGCCGCAGGAGCCGGCGCUACUACCACCUGCAGGGCCCUUCCGCCGCGGUGGGGCCGACGCUGCCGACGGCCUCCGGCACCCUCCCGCCCUCGUCGACGCAGUUGGUGCACCUCCUCUACCUCGACGAGCGGGAUCGCGAAGAGCUUCUUCGCCGUGUGUUGCUGACGUACCAAUCGCGUCGUGUGGUGCUGCUCACGCAUCAUAAGGAGAUAAAGCACCUGCACCAGACCAUAGCCAAGUGGGGCUUGUAUCAUACGACGAGCGACGCAAACAACAAGGGGACGGAUUACAUGUGUUGCAUGCUGCGCUCUGACACUGCGGAAAGGCAGGAGUCUUCCUUUAUGGGGUUUCUCCGUGAGGCGAAGACCAGCCCCAACAGCGCUGGCAGUGCUAACAGCGGUGACAACAAUAGCUCUUUCUCUGCAUUGCUGGUCAGCUGGGACGCCUUUACCGCGGUGGAUCUCAUGGACGUGGAUGUCUUUAUCCAGUACUACCCACCACAGAAGUCCCUCACAGAGCGGGAGCGGGCGGAGUUUGUUCAGGUGCUGCACACCACAGCGGACCCCGAGAGCAGUCGCCGUGGACGUCGCACGCUGCUCAUCACCUUCCUGGCCAUCAACGACUUCACCCUCGCCGCCUUCUUCAUGCAGCAGUACGGCCAAAGCGGCCCCAUCCUUAACCUCGCCGCCAACCACCCGGACUUUCAGCGAUGCCUCCUCGACCCCAAGACGGUGUUGCGGAUAAAGCAGAAGAAGGAGGGCGGCCGGCGUCAGAAGGACCGCGACGAGGGCGGCCAAUACCCCAACGCUAGUGGCGGCGCCAGCGGUGGCGUGGCGGCGAGUGCACCGGUGCCGCUGCCUCGCUCCAUGCGGCAGCCGUCUCCCGGGGGCCGCAAGGACAAGGAGCAGAUCACAGGCGGCGGGAGCGGCAGGGGCAAUGCCGCUGCUGCCGGCUACGGCGUCGGCGGUGUUGUUGCUGACGGCAGGCCGCGCUCUGGCGGAAGGUGGGGCGGCGAAGGCCGACAGCAGCGUGCCGGUGGCGAUGACGCGGUGAGCGGCGCCAGUUCUGCCUGCGUGUCGCCUCCGUCGGCGGAUGCCCGUUGA